AUGAUUAUUUCAUUGUCAAUUCUCUUCUCAAUACCAUUGGUUUUCGGUGAACUUCCACGAUUACCAAACCACAUUAAACCAACAAAUUUUGCGCUCAAACUUAUCACAUAUUUGCCAGGAUAUGGAUAUAUUCCACAACCGGAUGAUGGAAAAAACAUGACAUUUGGAGGAGAAAUUGAUAUUGAUUUGGACAUCACAAAAGCUACGAAAGUUAUCAGAUUACAUGCCAAAAAUUCUGUUAUUAUCGAAAAGGGAUAUUUGAGAAGUAACAAUGUAGGUUUGAUAUUCCCUCAAAAAUAAAUGGGAAAUUAAUGAAAAUUUUCAGCAAGAUGGAAAAUUUGAUUUAUUCACUAUCGAAAAAAUAACAGAAAGUGAUGAAUUCCAACAAAUUGAAAUACAUUUUAAUGCAACAAUUGCACCCGGAAAUGCGUCAUUGAUUUUGAAGUUUUGGUCGGAAUUUAAUGAUUUGCCAAAGGGAUUCUACACUUCUCCAUACGAAGAUCAAAAUGGAGAUACAAAAUUAGCUGCGGUGACACAAUUUGAAGCAUAUUAUGCAAGAUCAGCGAUUCCAUGUUUCGAUGAACCAAGUUUGAAAGUGAGUGUUUGAAAUCGAAAAAAAUGAUAGUGAGAGUUCAGGCAACUUGGGAAGUAACAAUUAUUCAUCCAGAUGGAACAAACGCAAUUUCAAAUGCACCUAGGGCUCAAAUUUUGAAGAACCGUGAUUCAGAACUUUUCAAGAAUUUCACUGGAACUGUUUUUGAGAAAACUCCAAAAAUGUCAUCGUAUUUAUUAGCUUUUGUUAUAUCAGCUUAUGAAUACAGAACUGCUGAAACGAAAUCUGGGCUACAAGUGAGUAUUUUACUAAUCAAGAUUUUUUGAACAAAGUUUUCAGGUUCGUUUGCAUUUCCCACCUGAAGAAGUUAAUAAUACUGAUGAAGCACUUGAUGCGGCAGUUAAAAGUUUUGAUUACUUCGAAACUUUGCUUGGAAUUAAAUUUCCAAUCUCAAAGAUCGAUUUAAUUGGAUUCAAAUACUACGCACAUGGUGCAAUGGAAAAUUGGGGAUUAAUCACGUUCCAAUAUUAUUCGCUUUAUGGUCAAUAUUUAUCAAUAGAGACAAUUGCACACGAAAUUGCACAUCAAUGGUUUGGAAACUUGGUGACUAUGGAUUGGUGGAGUGAUUUAUGGUUGAAUGAGGGAUUUUCUACUUUCUACGAGUUUUUAGGAGUGCAUAAUAUCACCAAUGGGAAAAUUGAUUAUAAAAAGACAACAUCUGCCGAGGUGGCCCGUUAUUUGAGUUAUCAUCUUCAUGCGAAAAAAGCUGACGAAAAACCAACAAUCAAACAAAUUGAAAAUUUACAAUUUCUCGACCACGCAGCAUUUGCAACCACAACUUAUCACAAAGGAGGAAUAAUAUUGAAUAUGUUUCGAAAUGUUAUUGGACAUUCAAAAUUCGAUGAAUCAAUCAGACAAUAUUUGAAAGGACAAUCAUAUUCAACUGCAAAUUCAUCAGAAUUUUUCAGUUAUUUUAAAAUGCCAUGGAAAAAUGGGCCAUCAUCAGUUGCUGAUUUCUUGAGACCAUGGCUUGAACAAGUUGGACAUCCACUUAUACAUAACUGUCAAGAGUUUUAAUGAAACACAUAAUAUUUUAUCGCAAAGCAGAUUUGAUAAUGGAAUUUUGAGAAGUAUAGAUGAACAGGUGCCGAUUCCAAUUUGGGGAUAUCAAUGGGAUAUUCCAGUUUGGUAUAUGAAUUCGGAUUCGAAUAAAAAAUUGAAACUUGUUUGGCUUUUGAGAAAUUCAACUGCAUUUAUUAUCAAAAGCGCGAGAAUAAAUCCAGGAGGAAAUGGGAUAUUCAGAGUGAAUUAUGAAAUUAAUCCACCAAAAAGUAUCGAUGAAUCAGAUGAAUAUAAAGAAUCAAGGUUGACUGAUGCAUUUGCACUUCUAACUUCGAAACAGAUAAAUAAACAAAGAUAUUUGGAAAUUGUGGAAAGUCUUGGAGAAUUGAAUGAUGAAAAUCAACAAAUUCUCGAUGCACAAAUGCAAAUUUUAGCAAUUGGAGAUGAAAAAUCGAUUGAAAAAUAUGAAAAUAUUUUCAGGUUAGUAAAGAUAUUUUUUUAUGUAGUGAAAAUAAUCACAUUUUUCAGCUCUCGAACAAUGUCUUAUCCUAAGUUUGCCUCGAAAGCGAAAUAA